UCCACAACUAAUAUUACAUCAAUCAACAAAAUUUCUUCAGUCAAUUAUAUACCUGUACCCCAAAUUAUCAAUUAAAAUGUCAACCGAUACUCCCAACACCAACAAACUCGUCGAAGAAAGCUACGACAAAAUCGCAGCCGAGUAUUUGGACUGGACGCUCAGCACGCCCUCUCCACGGCUCGAGUACCUCGCUACUCUAUUCAAACAUCUCUCCGAUCCAAGCAAAGCACGAGUUCUUGAGCUUGGAUGCGGAGCAGGAGUUCCCGGAACGCAAUUUCUCGCCAAAUCAUGCGCGCAUGUAACCGGUGUCGAUAUUUCCGGGGCGCAGGUCAAACUUGCUAGAGAGCAUGUCAAGGAUGGCAGUACCGAGUUCAUCCAAAGUGACAUGCUGGCUUUGAAUUUCGAGAAGGGGACGUUUGAUGCUGUGGUUGGACUGUACAGUAUCCUGCACCUGACGAAGGAGGACCAGGUUGUGUUGAUGGAGAAGAUCCGCGGGUGGGUGAAGCCAGGAGGUUACUUUGUUGGGAAUUUUGCUUUGACUGGGAGUGAAGGGACUUCCACCUGGCUUGGCGGUGAGAAGAUGUUUUGGGGUGGGUGGGAGAAGGAGGAGUGGCUUGGGAAGCUGAAAGAGGGGGGCUUUGACGUGUUGAAGGGGGAUGUUGUGAAAGACGUUGAAGAUGGGAGGGAUGUUAACUUUCUGUGGGUCUUGGCUAAGGUGUGAGUGUAUUUUAAUGAACAUAGACAAAAGCGGAUAGGUAAAAAGCAUCACAGUUAUUGAGGACUUGCCAGGCAGGCACUCCAUGGUAUAUUUCGAAAGCUGCCCAUUACUUUAUGUAAAGCAACAUGAAG